AAAGACACUUCACACGUUACUCUGUAACACACUCUUCAAGCGCGCGCGCACUCUCUCACACCACACACACUUACAGCGAGAUAGAGAAAGAGGCUUCAUCUUUGUUAAUAUUCUUCAACAAACACUCGUCGGAGGAUGAAACUGCUCCUGCUCCUUGUUAUCUCCUGCCUCGCCUUACAUAACGGGAAAGGAGUGCCAACCAAAGCCUCGUACCAGUUUGUGAGAUGUAACCCCAACGGCGACCAGGCCAACUGUGUUACUUACCAAAGUCCAGAGAUGCCAUGGAGUCAAGAGCUGCCAGCCAAGCUGCCGGCAUCGACUGCACAGUAUCUAAAGGCAGAAACUGUGAAGGAUGAACAUGCACCAGAGAACAAGGAAGACAAGAUGGGAGUGGAGGAGGAAAGCUCUGGAUAUUAUGAAGGCUCUGCAUUUGAAGUUCCAUUAAACAGAGAUCAGGGUUUUGUGGCCACUGAAAGUGACCCAGGCUCUGGGGAGUCAUGGACAGACAUGGAUCUAAACAAAGGUGUGCAUACAAUGGACCUGAGGUGGUUGCUUCGCCUCAAAUCCAAGGCCGGUGAGGACAAACCAGCAGAGCAGGAACUGAGAGAAGACAACCUUCUGCAGCUGUAGGCCCCAACCCCUGAUCACUCACACACACACACACACACACACGCACACAAACAAGGAGAGCAUCCAUUUUAUUUCAAUCUUGUCUAUUUAAUCAGCAAAAGCAAGGAUUGCAUCACCACCUGGUGGUGGGAAAAUUUGGCUGGGCAGAGACUCUUCAAGGCUAAAUGUAAUUCUGUAUUCUCAGCGCUACCAUGGUUAACAAUAUAAAAAGCAUCUGCCAAAAGUAAAAUAAUGGUAGACAUCAAUCAGACAUACUGUGUCCCAUAUAGUUCAAGUGGACAGUGGCCUGUGGCUUUCUUUUGUAAAUUGGAAUAGGUUUUUUUUAAUAUAACAUUUUAAAUAUUAAUUUUAAAUGAUUGUAAUACCAGUGCAAUAAGAUGACACCUUUAUCAAUGCAUCGCUUAAUCUAUGCAGAUGUGUAUCACACACUUGUUUAUAUAUUAUCUGAUCUCUUUUGGCUCAAAUAUUGUGACACUUAACAUUAGGGGAGUUUUGCAGACCUGUCUCGGGAACUUCCUGGUCUGCAAAAGUUCAACAGAAGGUGUCUUGUAAAAACCCAAACCCCUCAGGAUUAACCACUGUGAGCUGGAACAUAUGCAAGAAAUAUCUUAUCGUGUACAUGUAUUCAUUUCAACAUGCUCAGUGUUGUAUGGUUUGUAAGACUUCUUUUAAUAAAGAUUUACAACAGUA